GAAGCUUCCGGUGUCAGUUUAGUGACCUGUACGAGUACUGUGGACCAGACGAACGGAUAGGUUUGUAAUCCCAGUAUGGAGAGGGCGUUUGCUUGGUGUGGGGUGUAACGUAACACGUCAUGUUUCUGGAGAUUAAACAGAACAAAAAAAUUGAUCUUUCGUUCUGGAUACUUGAAUGAAUCGUUGCAAAGGUCUAGUUUUUGCCUACAAGUGUUUGUUUGUGGCCCUACAUGUGCGCAAAAUGGAUUGGAUCGCAGGGGUUAACUGGGCGUGUCGUCACUGAUACCGCAGCCUGUGAGCAGUGAAGAGAUGUUUACUUCUACCGUGAACUGGAACAAAGCUGUUUGGUCAACUUCCUCCUGAAACCAGAUAAAAUCCGACGGACCUUAACCAAAGCAGUCCAAAGCAGUCCUAUCACCUUAGCCUACAGAAAAUCUGUUGUGGGGCACAGUUUCACAGACGUCAAAACAAGUUAUUGCAAAACAGCGGUAUCCUCAUAUCCAUUGAAAUAAGCGGGCCUUAGUACCCUAUGGAUGUGGACAAAGACAUAAUUUUAUAAACUGGUCUGAAUCAAUGGCUCCACCCCCACCUCCACCACCUCCGCCACCACCUGCGCCACCUCCACCACCUCCAUGCAAUGGAGCCCUCUCCCGCAAGGGCACCAACCGGCGCUCCAGGAUGCGCAACUUCAACUGGGAGGCCAUUCCCCAGCACUCUGUGCUGGGCAAACACAACAUCUGGACAACGGAAAAGACCUGUAAGGACUAUGAGUUGGACACCCAUCGCAUGGAGGAGCUGUUCAGUCGCACGGACAAUAGCCCUGCACAGAGGAAGACCUCCAUUCGCCGCAGUAUCUACGGGAUGCCAGCCAGCACCCAGGGACCUGAGGUUGCUCUUCUAAGCUCCAAGAGGAAUAUGAACAUUGGAAUUUUCCUCAAGCAGUUUAAACGGCCGAUGGCUGACAUGGUGGAGGAGAUCAGCCGGGGCGGGAGGGACGGGUUCGGGAGAGGGAAGCUACAGGAGUUGUGCAAACUGCUUCCAGAGGAGGAUGAGGUGAAACAGCUGCUUGCAUUUGAAGGAGAUCUUUCAGUACUCACUGAAGCUGACCUCUUUAUGGUGCUUCUUGUUAAAGUUCCUGGCUAUGAGGAAAGGCUUCGGAGUCUGGUGCUGAAAGAAGAAUUUUUCCCCUUCAUGGAUGAACUUAAUCAGUCCAUCGUCACGAUGACCGCAGCUGGCAAAGAGUUGCUGGAAUGUGUUGAUCUCCACUCUGUCAUCCGGUUAGUGCUGAAGACGGGGAACUACAUGAACGCUGGUGGUUAUGCUGGCAGUGCCAUUGGCUUCCGGAUGACCUCCCUCUUGAAAUUGGCUGACACCAAGGCCAACAAGCCAGGCAUGAACUUGAUGCACUAUGUGGUGAUGCAAGCACAGAAGAUUGACAUGAAUCUGCUCAAAUUCCCCGACCAGCUGAAGCAUCUGGCUGAUGCAGCACGAAUUCAAAAACAGGAACUGGAGUCCGAGUUUCAGCGGAAGGUUAAGAAAGUUGAAGAGGUGAAAAAGGAUGCAGAAAAGCAACCAGACCUUAAACAACAGUUGGAUGAUUUUCUAACAGAUGCGGAGUCUUGUCUGGCUAAAACAGAGGCCUCCUUCCACUACCUUAACUCUGAGACUCAGACAGUGGCUGAAUAUUUCUGUGAGGAUCCCAAACAGUUCAAGUUGGAAGAGUGUUGCUCCAUCUUUCACUCUUUCUGUGAGAAGUUCCUUCGAGCCAUUCAGGAGAAUCACGACCGUGAGAUCGCAGAGGUGAAGCGGAGGACGCGGGAGCGUCUGCAGUGCGCCGCCAAGCGCCGCUCCACGGCCUCCUGCUCAACGAGGGACAAGGACAUGGAAGGUGUAGCCCUGGAGUCCAUCCUCCAUCGCUUCCUCAACACCCGCGGCGGCAACUCACGCCGAAGAGGGGGCUCACGGAGCUCCCCCACUGGCUCCAGCUCCGGCAGCCUGUCGGAGAUCACCUCCAUGGAGAACUGCCUCACUGCCUCACUGCCUCACUCCAGUAGCAGUGGAGGUGGAGGUGGAGGUGAGGAUCGCGGUAGGAGGGGUUCCACCAAAGGCACCGAGCUGCAGAGACACGGGAGGAACUCGAACAGAGGCUCCCGGCAGUCUCUUGACAAGGAGAACGUCUUGGAGAACGCACUGAUGGGUCUGCUAGCGGAUGAUGCCAAGAGUACAGAGCACAGGAGCUCCACACAGAACCUCAGGUCUUCCACCCCGAAACGCAACAUGAGCGCAUCCUCGAACAGCAGUCAAAACGCCGUUCUGGCGGGCGAGGACAGCAGGGAGCGCGAUGGCGACGACGAGGACGAGAGCCUGGCAGAGGAGGAGGCGCAGAAGAUGCGCGAGGUGUCGCGCAAGGUCCUCCGCUACCAGAACAGCCGCAGCAGCAUCUCCUCCGCCGAUCUCUCGCUGGACGCCCAGCGCUCGCCUGCCAGCGCUGCUGCAUCGCCACGGGGACAAACCUUUCUGGACGACCUGGAGGAACAAGAGAAGGCUCUGGAGGAGCCGGCGGGAGACGGGGAGGCCAAGGUGGUGCUGAGGCCGCACCAGCGCUUUCUCCGAAUCAAAUCCAACGGCAUCGUCCGACGCCACUCACUCACGCUGCCCCCGGAGGCCAAGAGUGAGGACACGGACGAGGACGACAUCUGGAUCCCUGCAGCUGAUCCCAAAAUGCCUCGAGCCCCUCCUCUGAGUCUAGUUGGGAGGGUGAAGUCGGAACAUCUGGAAACGGUCAACUCUUCCUUUGAGUUUGUUGACACUCCGGUGAAGAAUCCUCCAAGUUCCUCUGUGGAUGGACAUGUGGAUAGGGACACGAAGGUGGUGAUUCCCCCACUGAACUUCAAUCUGAUGCAGGGGAGCCUCGUCCAAAGGCGCAGCGCAACUAGGAGUCCUGCUGGGUUCAUGGCCUUUUUUAAGCGUCUUGGUGAAAAGACCAAGCCUGUUUGAUCCUGACCCCAGUACCUCGAAGACAUUUUUUGCAAUAUGUUUGAUCGUUUUGUUAGGGACUUCCUCUUCCUUUUUUAUUGUUCUGUACGUGUUCCGCUUUUUGCUCUUUCCAUUUCAUGCUCAAGUUUUAGACCACUCAAUUAACUUUUUUUAUCUUCUGUACUUGGAGAUAUAUAAAAUGCCUGAGGUUUGGACUUUUUUGCAAAAUACCUUGGAAUGGUAGGAGCACUCUGCAAUGCACACACAAAAGUUCCUGCCAUACCAUAAAAUGUCCACUUGGGGGCAGUACAUAACAGGAAGGGGUCCUGAAAAAUACACUGCCACAUGUUUUUAUUUUUCAUUAAUUUUAUCCGCAAAUGUUUUUGUCUCUUAAUUUAUAUUUUACUCACCUUACUUGGUCUUAUUAAAUGUGUGGUUUUUUUUUUGUCACACAAACCAUCUGA